UGCGCAUGAGUCACCGCUGGCCGCCUCAGUGAAGGUGUGACAAUUUCUGGGGACCCAACUGGCUGAGGAAGAUGCGCUCAGCACCCGCAGAAGAGUGAGCAGAGGUUCAGCUCCCUAUUUCAGUUGUGCUCUGAGACGUAGAGAAGAGAGUAAAGGGAUUUUGCUCCAGAGAUCAUGAAGUGAUUUGAAUACCCGAGUCAGUCGGAUUUCAGGGGGUUCAAAAAUAAUUUGGCCAGUGGGUUCCGGUGCCCAGUCGAUAGCAAGGCACCUUUCAGCACUCUGGACAGCGGGUGCAUUGGCUUCUCUUCUUGCUCCUUGAGCCUAAGUUUGCUCAGACUCAGACUGAUUGCUACCACAUCUCUCCUGGCCAUGGGACCCAGGGUAAGUCCCUAGAGCAAUGGACUUGGCUGAAGCCCUCCUGGCGCUCCUUCUCGGCUCAGUUCUAGUCGUCUCUCUUCUGUCCAACCUGCUGGUGCUAUUAUGUUUCCUCUCCAGCUCCGAGCUCCGCCAGCAAGUACCUGGGCUCUUCCUGGUCAACCUGUCUCUGUGCAACCUACUGCUGACCCUCCUAAACAUGCCCUUUACCCUUCUGGGUCUCCUGUGGCGCCAGCAGCCGGUAGGGGACUGCGCGUGCCAGGCUGCGGGCUUCUUGGAAACUUUGCUGGCAUCCAACGCCAUGCUGAGCAUGGCCGCACUAAGCCUGGACAAGUGGGUGGCCGUGGUGUUCCCACUGAGCUAUGCGAGCAAGGUGCGUGGCCGCGAUGCUGCGCUGCUGCUGGCCUACGCGUGGCUGCACUCGCUCGCCUUCCCGCUGGCCGCUCUCGCCUGCUCCUGGCUCGGCUACAGCGGUACUUACGCCUCCUGCACGCUGCACCUGCGGGCCGAGGCGGAGAGGAGGCGCUUUGCCGCCUUCACGGUGGCCUUCCACGCCGCCAGCUUUGCGCUGUCGCUGGUGGUGCUCUGCUUCACCUACCUGAAGGUGCUGCGCGUGGCCCGCUUCCACUGCCGGAGGAUCGACGUCAUCACCAUGCAGACCCUUGUUCUGCUGGUUGAUAUACAUCCCAGUGUGAGACAGCGCUGCCUUAAUGAGCAGAAGCGGCGGCGGCAGAGGGCCACCAAGAAGAUUAGCAUCUUUAUUGGUUCCUUCAUUCUCUGCUUCGCGCCUUACGUCAUUACCAGGCUGGUCGAACUCCUUCCAUUCAUUACAAUCAACAGCUACUGGGGAGUAAUAAGCAAGUGCCUCACCUACAGUAAGGCUGCCUUGGACCCUUUUGUGUACUCACUGCUUCGUCAACAGUACAAGAAGGUUGUGAUCAACAUUGUCAACAGGCUGCUGAGAAGAGAUUUAUACCCAUCAUCUGGCUACAACAGCUCUCUUGACACAGAGAAUGAUUAUUGCCUUCAUCGGCCAAACUGAACUCCACUAUUGGGGCUUAAGGACUGAGAAUGGGAAGGGUUUUUUUGGUCACCCCAGCUGAUUUUCAGCAAGCCUAAAUGUUGGGCUGAUUGCUGAGAUGGGAACCUUGGUCAUUUCAGAGUUGGAGACAAGGUCCAGUUUCCUUUAGGGACAACAUGGGCCUGGUAGCAGGACUUUAAUUAAGACUGAGGAGAAAAAGGGCAAAGGGGAUGGAUUUUUUUUCCCAUCUACUUCUGCUAACAUGGAAUUUUGGGUUCAAGCUUAGGGACCAGGACUCAAAUUUUUCAUGUGCUGUAUUGAAACAGAUUGUGGGAGUUGGACAAGCAUUUUGGAGUCAGAGGACCUAGAUUAAAAUCAUUGCUGUCAUACAUGUUGCCUGUAGGGCCUUGGACCUCACUCCUUUGGAAUUCAGUUUCUUCAUUUGGAAAGAAUUAGAUUGAUGACCUCUAUGGUCCCAUAUAGCUCUAGUCUUAGAAUUAAUUAGAGGAAGGCUGUGACAGUUGGAAGAAAAGCCCAGCAAGAAGACAUGGAAAACCUCCAGAAUUUUUGCCUGCCCCUGCUUCAAUGCUGCCUCUGCCCCUCAUCAUCUGAUGAAUUCCAAAGCAUUGUUACAUGUAAGAGGCUGUGUUGUAGAGCAGAAAAGGAACUGGAUUUGCAGUCAAAGGACCUAGAUACAAAUCUCAGUCCUGUUAUUGACCAUCUGUUUGACCUUGUGCAAAUCACUUCCCCUCUUAAGGCUCAGUUUCUUCAUCUGUAAAAAGAGAGGGGAUGAACAUUAGGGUCACCAAGAUCCUUCCAGAUUUAUACCUAUUGUUCACUCAAUAUACCUUCAUAUUCCCUUAGAGUUUGGUUUAAUCUGUUGGUAAAUUAAUAAAUAUAAGAUUUAUCACUUAUUUCUUUGAUGCCAUAUCAGCCUGGCAUUUCUAUUUGUAAGGUUAGCCUAGAAUGGUCAAGGGAACCAGCAACUUCAUUGCUAAAAUAUUUUUACCCUUUACUCCUGGAUGGAGUAUAUUAGUUCAUUUGCAGCAGGAAAGAGCUUUUCACUAUGCCCCAUGGGAGCUAAGAGUAUAAUGAAUACAGUAAGACUGAUUGUAAACUGGGAAGUUAACUAUACCCUACACCUUCCAAUGAGCAGGGCAUUUUUUUCUUAAGUAAACUUUGAAACAAAGGCUCAGGGUCUGAUAUUUUAACUUCCACUACUACCCACCACCACCACGAAAACCCUCUUGCCAAAGUAUCAAUGGAACGAGAGUCAGAAAGUCCUUGAGGUCAUAAUAUAAUUUGUCGUCAGACUUCUAAUGUCCAGUGAGCCAUUGAUGAGGUGGAAUGAGGGAAAGGCCAGAUGUUUACAGAAUCAUUCAUUUGACAGGAUUCAAGUGUUGAAUGACUAUCUAUGGCCUGAUAUGAAGAUGAGCUUAAGGCAAGUUUAAGAUGUGUUGGGAUACUCUUAUUUUCUUUCCUCUGUAAAUGACAUGUUUAAGACAUAGACUGAGAAAUCCAAUCCUAGAUUGUAAGUUAUCUCCAAAGAUGUGGUCCUUCAAAAAAAAUCAAAGGCAGUCUAUUACUAUGUACUGACUCAACUGUUUGACAUUUGAGCUGCUAACGGAUCACUUCUUACUUGAAUGACUCACUUCAGGGGGUUAUGACCUAAUAUCCAUCAUUUGACUGGAUUUACCUCAUCAAACCCGUUUGCAUGUAUGGGUCCAUUGUCAAGCCAGUGAAAUAUCUGGUUGUUGCAGUGCAAUGGGAUGGAUAAAGCAAUGAUUUAGGAGUCAAGAAAACUGGAUUCUGGGUCCAGCUCUGCUGCCAGUUAGUGUGUGCAACAAUAGGCAAAUCUCUUCACCUUUCUGAGCUUCAGUUUCACAGUUUGCCACAACAAAAGGGUUAAAAUUAGACUAUCUAAGAUUCCUUUCAGCUCUAACAUUUUGUGAUUCUUGCUUACAAUCAAUAAAUGACAUUGAUCUGGAUUGUGCUAUUAUAAAUCCAAGUCUGGUUGGUGAUAAUUUGACUGAGUUAUAUAUAUAUAUAUAUAUAUAUAUAUAUAUAUAUAUAUAUAUAUUCCACACAUACCCAAACCCCAGACCAAAUGUGUCCAUCUAAAUGGAUCAUGUUUCAAAAUGUAGGGAAAUAGAUUUUCACUAAGGAAAUUACUUUAAGAAUCCAAGUUGCUGAAUUAAAUUAUAGUGUUGGAAAAGACAUUUGACAUCAUCUCCUCAUUUUAUAGACAUGGAACUGAGGUCAAUGUUAGGGAAACGAUUCAUUCAAGGUCAUUCUGCUAGAAGGUGAGUGAGGAUUCAUACCCAGGUCACCUCAUUCCAAGUUCAGUGGGUUUUUUGUUUGUUUGUUUGUUUUUAAUCACAGUAUGAUGUUAUGAAGCCAAAACUUGGUCUGGGGUGUAGGUUAGAAUUUAAUUUCCUCAGUGGUCCUUCCCUUCCCUUAAUGGUGAAAACAUCUCCAUAAAGCCCUCCUACUGCUUUCUUAGCAUGUGAGUCAUGUAGACCUCAAUGAAGUAAAAAUAAUCUUGCUUAUGUUAAAUUGGAAUGUGCUGUUCUAUUUUGUCCUUUCAGUAAUGUGUUUCAGUAACAUUGUCCCUUUAUGUCUGUGUAAAUACAAUAUUUAGAGGAAAAUAUGUACGAUAAAAAAAAUGUUGCCUAUUUGUCACAGAUUUUAUACCUACUCCACUGGGACCUUAGGAGGAAGUUCCCCAAGGAAGUAUGCCAUUGCUGUGAAACAGUCAGUAAUCUUUCUGUGUGGAAGAAUCCAAAAGAUUUUUUUUCAAGUGAUUGCUUAAGAAAAUCAGUAUUUUGAUAUAGAUUGGAUUUUGUCAUGGCCACUUGAUGUCCAGCUCAGUGGAUGAGACUCUGAAUGUAUUGUCUCUUUAGGCUUUCUUGGCCUUGAUUUUGUUCUUUAAUUAAGUGCUAUGUAUUUUGAGAAAAAUGCAUCACAUGUCCUUCAAUGUAUCAUGAAGCUAUGUGGUUUCCCAUGUGAUUUAUAAACCAAUAAAAGUUUCAUUUGAGUGUGCCA